AUGACGUCAACGCAGAGCCAUGAAACGGCAGGAGAUGCCAUUGUGGAGUUCUAUCCUGCAAACCAGAUUGUCAACCUGACACAGAUUUGGAUAAUGAUGAUGAACCAGGCACAAACCUCAGCAGAAUGCACAGAUAGCAACACUGAAAUUGGAGAAGAGCGUGACAGCGACUUCGAGUGCGUCGGCUGCUUCCCUCUAGGCCCCGGCGAGGAGCUCGUCGCUCCGCCGGCCGUGGCGGCGGAUGAGACCUGCAUCGACUGGGCGCCGUCCAAUGCGCCGUGCCGCAGUGGGAUGCCGUUCUACCGUGUGCGGAUGACCAGUGGUGCAAUGAGUGCCGAAACCUGCUUUGAGUUCUGUCUUGGAGCUGGACUAGACCUUUUUGCCUUGGUGCAGGGUGAGGAGUGCCGCUGCGGUGCAUCACGCCUCAACAAAGGCGUUUGGGGCGAGAAGUCCGCACCUCCAGGACAUUUACAAUUGCCAGCUCCAUUGAGUAGCUGCCUUACAGAUCAGGCAUGUCCUGUGCGAGUCUAUCGAUGGCUUGGCCCCUUCAUCUCUGGAGGCUCGGUGCCAGAGCACUUGCUGAUGUUGAAUGCUGGCAACACCAUCUAUGUGGACUCCAUUGUGCACGGAAAACAUAUCAGUGAGGAACAAGAAGAGGAUGGACAGCCAGACUCUCAAGAGGGGGCCUUCUUGCAGGAUGCCAAGCGGCAGGUGGAAGAUCCCCGUUGGGACCGCCCGUGCGAUGACGCCGACGGAUGCCAAGCGGGCCGGCCAUGGAUCGAACGCACCGGUGUGGCUCCAGAGGGCAUGGUGCCGCAGUGGGAAGAGUAUGUGAUGGUGCGCUACAAGUUCGACGUGGACGUGGACGACACCCGGAAGGAGGCCUUCCGCGCUGCGGCCGCCGAGUGGCGGCUCCACACCUGCGUGGCGGUUGUGGAGGAUGAGAAUGCCGCUUACCCCUACAUUCUGGUUGGCAUCUACAACACUGGCAGCUGUUGGGCCAAUUUGGGCCGGCCCUCAAGCUACGGCAAGAUCAACUUGGGAUGGUGUAAGAACAUGAAUCACAAGGGAUCCAUGGUUCACGAGAUCGGACACGGAUUGGGAGUGAAUCAUGAGCAAAAGCGCGCUGAUGGUUCGCAAGAGUACUAUGGGAAGGGGCCACACUUGGAGAUGUUCUGGGAGAACACCGGCACUUGGAAAUCUCAAUACACUCCAGCAGUAAACACUUACAUUGGCUCAGCCAAUGAUGGUGGUGAUGAUCCUCAGAUUGGUUAUGCUGCCUACGACUUUGAGAGCAUCAUGCACUACUACCGACAAAGGAACUCUAGCAGCACGAUCAACAAUGGCUACUACUUCAACACCAUACCCUCAUCAGCAAAUAGCCUCGUGGGCAACCGAAAGGAGUUCUCUGAGGGGGACGUCAAACAAGCCAAAGAUGCAUAUCGAUGCAGGCUCAUUGGCGGGACUACAGCAACCACCACAAUGACCACGACCACGACCACAACCGCAGCAACAACAACAACGACGACAACAACAACAACAACCACGACGACGAUGACGACCACGACAGCUCGACCACCUCCACCACCAGUGACUGGACCAAUCCUGGAAGUGGGUGAGAUGUCAGCCACAGGAACAGCCUGGAUGACCAUCUCCUUGCGGAAUACGUUCCAAGAGCCGCCGGUGAUCGUGCUUUUGCCCAUGGGUUCUGGCAGCCCAGCGGCGGUGCGGAUCAAGGACGUCACCGUCUCAAGUUUCCAAGCGUUGGUGGUUGUCCCACCAACUGGAGCUGGGAACCAUCCUGCCAUGCUCGUCGCCUACAUGGCAGUGUUGAGAGGAACGCACCUCUUGCCAGAUGGCCGCAAAUUUGAAGCAGACCGCCUGGAUAUCACCAGUCAGCAGUUUUCGACCAGCAAGUGUGCUCCGGCCGGCCUUUCCAAAUCUGUGACAUCCGUUCCGUUCUGGGACAGCUAUUCAACAGCUCCAGUGUUUGUGUCAACGAUUCAGACUGCCAACAACGAAGCAGGGAAUCUACCAAGUUCUUACUCAAGUCCUUGGCUCACAGCCGCAUGUGUGACAUUGACAGCAUCUUCGGCUUCGUUGGCGUUGGAGUCAGCUGAGACAACAAAUGUGGGAUCCGUCACUCAAGCUGAGAGUGUGGGCUAUGUGGCUAUGGAGUCGGGCUCAGGUUUGUUUGCACAGAAUCUGGAAGAGAUCCGCUAUAGCGCCUUGUUGACCGGCACUGUCGUGCCAGGUUAUGACAACGGGGCAGUUGACGUGUCCUUUACCGACGUUCUGGCAACAUCUCCACUGAUCGUGGGGGGAAUGACCACUCGAAAUGGAGGUGAUGGAGGUUGGCUCCGUCUCGCAGGGGCCACUUCCACCUCAGCAACCCUGUUCAUCGAGGAAGAUCUUCAUUGCGACACGGAGAGAAGCCACACCCAAGAGCAAGCCGGCCUUAUCGCUUGGUCUGGUUCCGUGGACUUGCCCGUGGCCUUCACGGAAACCUUUGGCGAAGUGCCCGUGGUGGUCAUCGCCCCAUCCACGGGCGUUGAUCCUGCCAACGUCCGCAUCAAGGAUAUCACCACCACUAGUUUCUCUGCGAUCAUCGCCAAGCCACCCUUGAACACGGUGGCACCAGGUGAGAGCAUGACCGUGAGCUUCUUGGCCACUUUGCCCGGCGCUCGCCAGCUUGGAACCAGCGCUUGGCUCGAAGCCGGUCGCAUCAGCACGCAGAGCUUGAAGUUUGGCAGCAAAUGCAAAGCUUCUGGACUCGCAUCUGGUUCCUGGAAGCAAGCUCCUUUUGCACACACCUUCAUGGAGCCUCCGGCCCUCUUGACCACCAUUCAGACGCUGAGGAAUGAGAAAGGCUUGCCAUCCAACUCACAGCCGUGGUUUACAGUUGCUGUGAAUGCUGUCUACAGUGAUAGUGUUUGGGUCGCCUUGGAGAUGGCUGAGACAACCAGCUACGGGGCCCUUGAGGUGAAUCAGGACGAGGACGUGGGCUGGAUCGCCAUCCAACAAGGCAUUCACACACUUCCAGCUCAAACAGGGGAUGCAACGAUGGUGGCUCUGAAGUCCGCCCGUGUGGUGAGAGGCGUCGACAAUGGACCGAAGACCCUGGACCUGGGCACCACGCUGGAGACAGGAAGUCCCUUGGCGGUCGCGAGCCAAUCGACCCGUUGGGGAGGCGAUGGCGGAUGGGCUCGAGUCGUGGGUGUCAGCGCCUCUACGGUGGAUGUGGUCAUUGAUGAAGAUGUGACCUGCAACAGUGAGAGGAAACAUACUCAAGAGGAGGUCAGCGUGGUGGCCUUCUCUCAAGCGUGCGUGAUUUUUUGA